AGAGAGAGAGAGAGAGAGAGAGAAAGAGAGAGAAAGCAAAUCUGCUUUUCAUGCAACAUACGCGACGUCCUUUCUUAACGUGAAUCCUUCUUUUUCUAUAUACAUAUAGUUUUUAUACGCCGUCAUUUUUUUUUAACGCGAUGCUUUAAUCAUCUUUAAUGUUAAUUUAACUUGAAAAGCAUGCUCUGCGAGUCAUAAAUCCCCGGGAUUACGCGUGACAUGCACGGCACGGCUAAGGAUUACGAGUGACAAGUGUAAUCCACAGCGUAUAUUAACAGAAGCAUUCUUUUGUAUUAACAGAUGCAUCCAUUGUUGCAUAAUUAAAUGCAACAACGUGCAUUUAAUUUUGCUCAUACGAGAAAAUGGUUCGGGUAAAAGAAAACUUCUUGAUUUCUUAGCGCUACAUCCAAUUUACGUAAUAGCAUCUCAGCGCUACCUACAACACGUGAUUUCUCGUUUGAUAAGCUCAAGAAGAAAAACCAUGUAAAUAUCACUCAGUAAUUGUUCGAGAAUAUGCCUCAUCAUCGCUUUUUUCGUUAUGAUCGUUUUAUUAUACAACCACUUUAAAGAUCCACAAAAAGAAAAUAAGAUCAAGAAUAUUAUGCAAAUGCAAUUUUUCUUUUUAACUAAAAAGCACGGGAGCUACAUCCUUUUUAAGAGCGUCUAACGCUAAGUGGCUCGAAUUUUCGAGAAAUUUUUCUGAAGCGUAUCUUAAUAACGCGCGACAUUUUCUUCGAGAAGAAGACUUCGAACGCUGUGUCUCUAGCAUAUUCGCUUGUUCGUCAUGCAAAUGACUGCGCGAUCCGAGAUCGGUGCGUCAACUCGUUUCGUUCGCGAGCGCGACCACAGAUCGGCCUAUUAAAACUCGGGAUCUAAUCUUACGACAAUCGGAACAGAUACGUAAGUCUAGACGGUGAGUUGUGUGCUCAACGUACUGUAGGAUAUAGUAACGGGCGGACAUCCUCCGCGUGUGAAUGCACCGGCGACGCGACGGUUCUAUUAUUACUGCACGUGCCGUUGUACCGGCGCAGAUAUCCGCUACGCGCGCGCUCGAUACGGCUCCAUACAUGAAUGACCGCGAUAUUUACUCGCCUUUAACAUUCACCCUGUAUAUUUAAUGUCUAUUGAAGGCACGCCAAGCGAAUGACAUUAAUUCUUACUAAAAUACACGGCGUGCAUUUAUCACGGAUCAUACGUGACGAGCUGCGCGUCAUUCCUGAGACGCUUGAUGGAUUAUAUCAGUAUCGCGGUGUCGCAUGGGUUACUAUUUCUGAAACAGUUUGAAAUAAAAGAAAUGAAGUUCAAUUUAUCUUUUUUUUUUUUAAAGGGUGGAGGUCAAUGUCGGUCUACAGUGGAUCUUGGUGACUCAACGAAAAUUUUUGUGUGAAUUUUUACAAUCUUCAGUUCACGUAAAGUGCGCGCCGCAUAUUCAUCGGUCUUGAAACACCGUUCUUAACCGGAAUACGAGGAGCAGGCGGCAGCGGACGAGUGGGAGCUUUAAGAGCCGGAGAACGUGUCGUGCUGGAGAACGACACGCUUAACGUCAUCGCCGUCGCCGUCGUCGACGAGCAGACGGGAAGAGAGCGCGCUCUCUCGCAUUCGACGAGGACAGACUGUGGCAGGGAACCGCGCGACGAGGAUGAGGCAGGUAGUCGUGCUGGAGCCAGCUGGCAGCGUCCUGGUGAUCAGACAGACCUCUCUGGGUGGUGGCGGCGUCGCCACUACCGGCAAUGUCAACUCUAACCCUACGGGCAGCAGCGACACCCACGCCUUGGUCAAUCACGCCGCUGUCUCCACGAUCGCCUCCAACGAUCACAAUCAAAAUAGGAUAGUCGUGGUGCGCUCGUCUACCUCAUCCACCUGCAUGACCAGCUCGGCCGACAAUCACGCAUCGACCAACGGCAAUAGCAACAUCAACGUCAACGCGAACAUUAAUGGGAAUCCGGGCAGUAUCAGCUGUAAGCCGUCGUCGAAGGCCGGAAUUGGCGGCGGUGCUUGUAAGCCGAAUGAGAGAAACGACCACCUACGAAACGAGCACAAAAAUCAGGACGGAGUUGCCAACAGCAACGAAACGAACCCUGCCGCUGGAUGUCGUCCAAGGACGAGCAAGGAAGCCGCUCACGAGAACGUCGCCUCCGACAGGAAGCUCGAUGGCGCGGAUCCCAUCUCCCAUGGCGACCCGAUAAAGCUGCCCGAAAAUCUGGAAACCUUGCCGCGAGCUGAACACUUUCCAACUCAGAGGCAUCGAUGGAACACCAACGAGGAAAUCGCCGCCAUCCUAAUAAGUUUUCAAAGGCACGCCGAAUGGCAAAGUCGGGAGGUAAAAGUACGACCACGAAGUGGUUCAAUGUUACUGUACUCGAGGAAGAAAGUACGUUACCGGAGGGACGGUUAUUGUUGGAAGAAAAGAAAAGAUGGAAAGACUACACGAGAGGAUCACAUGAAACUGAAGGUUCAGGGAGUCGAGUGCAUCUACGGCUGUUACGUGCACUCGGCAAUCCUUCCGACGUUUCAUCGCCGGUGUUACUGGCUACUGCAAAAUCCGGACGUCGUCCUCGUCCAUUAUUUGAACGUCCCUUAUCCGGACGGUGAUGCGAAGCUAGCGGCCCUGCCACCUUGCCUCGCACUGCCGCCAGACAAAAAGGAGUGGACGCGAGACGAGUUAGCGUCGCAAUUAAGGCCCAUGUUCCUCGGUGGAGAUGACGAUCCGAACAAUCCUCAUCUCACUCAGCACUCGAACCAUCCCGUCGACAUGAUAGUCUCUCAACUGCUCGAUAGGCAGAGGGCAUCCUCUACUUCCACCACCAGCAACACUCAACUCGCACCUAGGAGACUUACGCCCGACAAUCAAGUCUCUUCAACAACGGGAGGUCAACAACAAUCAACGACAGCGGCCCCGGCUCCCCGCGUGUACUCAAGACAUUCCCAUUCCACUCAGAGUCAACAGCCGGCUCCUCUAGUUUUAAGUUUGCAACAAAUCCAAGGCGGUGGUGGUCUCCUGAUACUCAACAGUCAACCAUAUCAUCAUCAGCAACAACAGCAACAGCAGCAGCAGCAGCAGCAACAGCAGCAGCAGCCACAACAACAACAGCAGCAGCAGCAACAACAGCAGCAGCAGCAGCCGCAACAACAGCCACAACCGCAACAGCAGCAGAGUCAGCAGGUGGAGAUGCAACAGGUCACAGAGCAACAAAUCGUACCGCAGACUAGCGUCGACCGAGAACAGCAAACGCAGCAAGAAAUUGACGCGCAGGAGAGUAUGGACAGGUCUGCCGUGCAACCUCUGCCGAUGGGCGGCUCCGGCUCCGAGGUGACCGAUUUUGCGGAGACACUGGAUCUUAGUCAGGAAGACAUUCAGAGGACACUGUCGGCCAACAUGGUGCCCCCAUCGCCGUCGCCUUCGCCGGCGGACAACAGCAUGAUCAAUCCGAUGGACUUUAUUGACUCGUCGGACGACGUGCUGGUCAAUCUGGACGCGUUCGACGUAUUUGGCGAUUUGCCGGAGCUGCACGACUUCGAAGCCGAGCAGACGAAGCACGAGGAACAGCGAGGUGGUCCCGAGAAUAACGUCGGAUGUCAUCCUGGUACAACCGUCCAUAUUGCAGAAUAUAGUCCCGAGUGGAGUUACACCGAGGGUGGUGUAAAGGUAUUAGUUGCUGGUCCGUGGACCGGCGGUAGUGGUUCCCAAUCGUAUUCGGUACUUUUCGAUGCGGAACCGGUCGAGGCAUGCCUCGUGCAACCAGGUGUAUUGCGUUGUCGAUGUCCCGCGCACGCACCAGGAAUAGCGUCCCUUCAGGUGGCCUGUGACGGUUUUGUCGUGUCCGAUAGCGUUGCCUUCGAAUAUCGUAGAGCGCCGACAAGCGAACCUAGCCCAGAGAAAGCUCUGCUGGAUCGUCUUGCGGAUGUCGAGGCCCGUCUGCAGGGUCCCGGUCCGCCGUCUCCCGCAGCUCAUCUGGAAGAGCGACUGGUUGCUUAUUGCCAGGAUGCUGUUGUCCGUCCUUGGCGAACUGGAGCGGAACCUCUUCAAUCCGGUGGGCCUACCCUCUUGCAUCUGGCGGCCGGGUUGGGAUACUCCAGGUUAGCCUGUGCACUCCUUCACUGGAGAGCAGAAAAUCCUAGUAGCAUUUUGGACGCCGAGGUCGAUGCUCUCAGGCAGGAUAGCGCAGGUCUCACGCCACUUGCUUGGGCUUGUGCGGCAGGGCACGCCGACACCGCCAGGAUUCUUUACAGAUGGAAUGCUAUGGCACUACGCGUGAGGGACUGUCAGAAUAGAACGGCGACCGAGCUGGCCGCGGAGAACGGUCACACGGCAAUCGCCGAAGAACUGAAUCAACUCGAAACCCGAAGGCAAGACGAGAGGCUUUUCUUGCGACCCGCCAGCCCUAGCCCUAGGCGGCCAUCUCAAGACAGCGGUCUCGAUCUGGCGUUGUGUGGCUCGCCGCUGCUGGACAACAUGGAGUUGUUGCAAGAAGAUGAGUCGUCGUUAGGCCUCAACGAACAGGGAAUGGAGAGCGCUCCGACCCCUCAGGAGACCGUAGGGGAAGAAGACGCGAGGGUGCUGACAUUGGCAGAACAAAUUAUAGCGGCGUUACCGGAAAGGAUCAAGAGGGCGGAGGGUGAGUCUCCGUCUUCUUCCUCGCCACCACCACCCACGGCGCCUCUGUCACCCUUGGAAGACGCUCUCAUGGAACAAAUGCCUCUCGACUCCGGGGAACUGUUUGACUCGUAUCGCGACUGCAGCGGCGGCGCCGCUUCGGUCUCGGAUGCCGAUGCCGACGCCAGUCCCUCGAGUCCCUCCAGCAGUUGUUUGACACCGGACUCGCCGUCUCCGCCGCCCACCACCGCCGAUUUCUGCGAGUUUCUGCAGCUGCAGCUGCAGCUCGACGGCAAUGGCAAUGCUCACAGCGGUCAGUACUACUCGCAGAACGGCGGCGGUGAGCGCAAGUUGAACGGCAUGAUCGGUUCAGGGGCUAUGACGGCGUUUGGCGGAAACGGCGACGGUAGCGAGGCGGAUCUCAGCAGACUAACAUUGUCUGAUCGUGAACAGAGAGAGCUUUAUCACGCCGCCAGGAUGAUUCAGAAAGCGUACAGGAAUUACAAGGGUCGUCAGAGGCAGGAGGAGGCCGAGAGACAUGCCGCCGUUCUGAUCCAACAGUACUAUCGUCGUCACAAACAGUACGCUUACCACAGGCAAGCCACGAAGGCAGCCUUGGUGAUCCAGAACAACUAUCGAAGUUAUCGCGCACGACCGGGCUCGGCCAGCGCGAGACAGCAGGCGGUUCAUCAGCAGGCGGCACAUCAGGCAGCGAGGAAGAUUCAACAGUUCAUGAGGCAGUCUAAGAUCAAACUGCAGAACGCCAAGGCCGUCGCAAACGGGAACGGGAGGCCGCCAGUGGUCACUUCACGGGCGGCUGCUGUCCCCCAAAGCUCGCCCUCAUCUAGCCCAGGGGCCAGCCUAGUAGCCGCCAGCCCGGGGGUCACCUAGCUGACUGUCAGUCCAAUGACGCGCGGAGCAGCGGCAACGACAAUUCGGUAGCGAAGUAACACGGCCGGUGGCGAAGAGCCGUUGGUGAACGAUGGCCCCGGAUCGGCAGUCGUGAUGCUCUGAGGGAGUAUGCGAGGUCGUUAAUGACGACUAUGAUUACUACGAGAGGGUACCAGAUGUAUGACACGGAUGAUAUAUGGUUUUGUUCUCUGCGUCUCUGAUUUGCGUACCCAAUGGCUGACCAAUAUCGAGUCUUACUACUUAUCUUUCAAACUUUCUUUUCGUCCCCCACACCACUAUUGAGUUAACACUCUCGACUCAUCCUCGACUACUCGUUCUUUUCGCUUGUAUCUUAUGCUAUUACCGCAUACCCUCUGCAUCCUCCUCGCGAGUGAGUAUUGGAGUAGCAGCAAAUAGGCGGACCUAUCGUAAGUGGGUUUGCUAAAAGUCCGUACGAGACCGAUCGACUGAAGAAAGCUUGUAGAGCACAGUUUUACCUCUCGCUUAAUACGUAAGACAUGUGUAUGUAGCGUAUCGUGUCUCUUCAGGAGUACAAGAUUCGCAUGGUCCGACACAUACGUUGAUCUUUUGCUACAUCGCGGCAACAUCGAAGUUGACGAGCCGUUUCCGUACUUUAUUAAAUUCCUAUGUGCACCGAGCUGAAUCGCACAAAAUCGUCGCUUUCGUAGGUUCAAAUAGCUCGCGAAUUUGCCACUGGCAGAUCUACGGAACCACGGGUUCUUUUGAACCGAAAUAUUUCUUCGACACGAGACCUCUUUGUAGAUAUAAUACGUUUUUCCUUUGAUGACACCAGUCGACGAGUUCAAAGCCUUCUUUAGAACGAAAAAAAAAAAACCGUAUAAACUGAUAACAUAAAUGUGUGCAAUUUUAAAAACAAAUUAUAAAUGCAGUGUUUGUAUUAAAUUAUAAUUUAUAACAAAUUUACAUUAAAUUUCUUUUAAUAAAUUUCGAUAUUACAAUAUUUGAUUUAAGAUACUAUGGAAAUUAAAACAUUUUUUUAUCUGAAAAAGAAAGAUUCUGUCGACUAGUGUCAUCAAUACUGCUCACAUCAACAUAAUUUUGUCAUUUUCAACAACAAAGGAGUAUUUAUGUCGGAAUUAUUAUAUUUAUUUUUUCGACAUAAUUACAUACACUGUACAAUCUUAUUUGCAUGCUCUUACAGAAAGUUAAUACAGGCAGUAUUAAAUUAGUUAAUGAUUAAUUAUUUAUUUUGAGUAUCAAAAACAUUAAUAAGAGUGUUUUCAUAAGCGCAAUAAAUAAUUAAUCACUGGCCAAUUUAAUAUACUGCCAAUAUUAAGAUUCUGUAGGAGGGAGAGCAAUUAAUGUUUUUCACUUUUCGCUUUAAAUUCAGAAUUUCAAUCGAUUUAUACAAAAUUGAGGCUAAAACUGUAUCAAGCGAAAACUUGAAUAUCAAAAAGGAAAAAAAGAGCAGCCUCGAUUAAUUUAUUACAUCAUAAUUUCACGCAAAAAUCUUUAUACUUAAACUUCUUCGGAAUUGUUUCCAAGUAUUUUUAUUCACAAGUUGAAUUUCGGAUCCAGCUGACGUAAAUUUAUGAUUAAUGAAUGAAUGAGCGAUCGGAACAUGAAAGAGCAACAUGAAAUUGAUUUUACAAGUAGUAAAGAGUUACAUUUCAGCGACGGAUAAGAUAAGUCUCGGCAACAUAAGAACCGGAGGUGAAAUUCUGAAUACGAAUUGGAACACAGGUGGAAUGUUGACGCUUUACGAGAUUCAAUUUUUUAUUUUGAUCUGUAUACAUUUUCUGUAUAUUUUAAAAAAAGGAGUAACUAAAUUUAAUCGAUACGCGCAAAGCUGGAUACCGCGCAUUCCUAUUAUUUAGCGCAAAUCUGAUAGCGCAGCAUCGAGAAUCCACUGUACAUAAUUAAAUGAGGAAUCACUGUCGUUGAUCACGUGGCAGAAACGGUCUUUUUCGUGUAAGAUAUUAGUUUUGCUUGAGAGACGCAAGUUGAAUGAAAAGAGCUAUACUUUGAUUUUAGAAAAUUUUAGAGAAAGCGGGCGAAAUGAGUGGGGAAAUAGAGCGAGGAGAGAGCAAGGAAUAGGAAGAACUUAUUGCAGAAGAAUUACAAGAAAAAAAAGAAAAGUGAAAAAAAAAAGAACGGACCCUUCGUCCAAAGGGGGCAAUUUCAUCCACGGGCUGUGCUAGUCACAGUAUAAUCAACUUCGUAGAGUUACUUUUUAGAACGUAAGCUAGUCGAUUACACAUUGUUACAAAAAAAAACCUACCUACCGUUUCUCUCUCCGAUAGGGGAUUUUUUUAAAGGUUCUCUAGCGUAAAGAUAUAAUUAGCGGUUAAAUUAAGGGCGUAGUUGAUUGCGGACGCGCGCGAUCGCGCGCGAUUGCAUGGCGCGCGAAGGGCGUGAUUGUCCCGGCGUUCAAAGUCUUGAUCGGGUGGACAAACGUCUAUUGUGAUAAAUUAAUGGUGAUCCAAGAAAGUAUUUCCGCGCAACGGGACAAGGGGAGACGGAGAUAAAAAUCCACGUGUCUCCGACGUACGUCUCCGCGUGCGUGCGCGCACGCGGGCGCUCUCGCAUGAUAUGAAAGAAAAAAGAAGAAACGGAGACAGACAGACAGAGACGAACUGGAUGGAGAGUGAUCCGAGGGAUAACCGGCGAGCCGAGUAUUACGCCGUGCGGGAUCAGUCGCGGGGAAGAAUAACGUGCCGAUACCGCGCGUCGUAAACGUAACGAGUGCUCUGCGGAUUUUCGAAUUGCCGAAUUUCUUCGAGACAGUAAAUCAACCCAUAUCGACCCUCUCCCCUCGGGGUGUGUUUCGCAGACUCACAGCGGGUUGUGAGAUCUAAUCAGAGCGAUGUAAUUGCGGAGCGCGAGAUGGGGUAUUACCACAAUAUAUAUUGUACACAUGAGUCAAUUCCAACGAGCAUUUUCAUGCCAUUAAGCUUAAAGAGUUAUUAGUUAUAAAAAAAAGGAGACGUGGCGUGCGCGGGAAGCGGGAGAAGGGCGAGAAGGAAGGUGGGAAGGAAGGAAGGAAAGAGGGAAAAUAACAAAUUCUUACACUCUUUUAAUCAUUGUUAAUUAAUUAAAAAUAAUCACGAUCCUAUCGAAAUACUUAAAAAAAAUGAGUAAAAUAAUAAUAAUUAUUAUAUACACAAAAAACUAUUAUUAUAUAUAUUCAUAUUUUUGCUUAUUACAUAUUUAAGAAUCUAAUUAAACGAGGGCUAGCGAUUAUUAACGUAGCGGGCACGAGAGGCGUUAACGAUAACGACGACGACGACGACGACGAUGACGACGAUGAUAAUGAUGAUGAUGAAUAAAGUCUCAAGUUAAGGAUAAUUCUAGUUAGUCGGGCUUGUCGUUAUGCGUGGCAAUCAGGUUCCGAAUUUUAAGAAAUAGGAAGGAGGAUGAGAAUUAUACGGCACGCGCGCGCGGUCUCGGCGGAAGGACGAGGUCCUCGGUACGAUCGCACGUAAAUACCGGGGGCAGGGUGCACUGUCGCUUUUCACCGGGGUCUCCACGAGACAAGUCGAAUACAAUAUUUUUUACCCGCGGAACGGCGAACAGGCAAUGGCCGACACCGCGCGAGAUUUUCAAAGUUCUCGCCGUCACUCCAUAUUCAUUGCAUAAUAAUAACCACGUACACCGAGGGCAAGCUUGGUGAAGGUAUUCAUUAGGCCGAUGGCUAAGAGACGGUUGGAGAGAGGGGGAGGAGGCCGCUGAGAAAAAAAAUAAUCUUAAUUAAAAAGACAUCGCUAGGGUAGGCGCUUCGAUGAAUACAUAAACUUUAAAAGUCAUUUAUAAUACAAAUUAUUCUCAAAAUAUAAAGAAGUUUAAUAAGUAAAGGAGGAAAAAAGUUUUUAAAUUCUACGUAAGGAAGCCAAGAGUCAAAGACGACUAGAUGAUAGGAGCCGCAUGGCCUAACUGCUGCCACUUUAAUUAAUUAAAUAAAUAAUUAUAACUUUAUUACUCAAUUAAUCUCGAUACAACAGAUGGGAAAUAAUACAAAAAAAAAGGAAAGAAAUCUAUAACACAACUCUAUCCCAUGCCACUUUUCAAACUACUCUCUAGAUGCAGAGACGAAUCAGUAGGUAUACUAAUAGCGGACUAUUAAAACUAACAGGAAUUAAUUCUUCUUCUAAAAAUCAGGAACGAUUGAGAUUCGCGCUAUAGAUUCGAGAUAUUUCCAAUUGUCCAUUUCUCCAGAAUCGCACGAGACACACGCGCGUUUACGCGGGCGCGUUCGCCCGUGCGGUUUCCGCUGUCGCGAGCCCGUCGGAAUCUCGCCGCGAUCCUACCGCCAAACCGUGUUUCGAGAAUCGCGUGAAUCCUCCCCGGAAUCACGGGGACACGAAGGGGCGAGUUCCGACGCCGCGAGCCGGCGGAAGUACGCUUCGGCGUGUCGGAAAGCGGGACAUCGCGCGAAGCGCCGAAGCGGAAGCGCGGUUCCGUCGCGGCUCGAGCAUCGCCCACGAUAUAUCCUCUCUCGCGGAAACUCUUGCGUAUAUUUUUUACAAAAUAGAAAAAAAAACAAGAAAAAGAAAAACCGAAAAAUUCGGCGGCUGGGCACGGCGGAACACGGGCUCGCGAUUCGCGCGGACACGCGACGCCCGACGCGCGUUGCACGCGUCACGAUGUCGAAAGGGUCGAAACGAUCGGGGUCGGUGCCUAUCACAGUUUGUACAGACACCGAAGGAUUACCAGGAACACAUGAAGACACAGAAUUAGAAUACAAACACGAAACUACAUACACGAAAUACCACAGAGACACGAAGAAUUAUAGAGACCCAAAAGAUAUACGUUGUUCCUUCGUCGCGACGGUCACUUUGUACCUGCUUGCUGCCUGCCUGAUCCUGAAACACGACACAACUCCCAGUCUCGCGUGGCGGCGUUUACAUACCAUACAACACCUACAAAGACACAUAAAACAUACACACACACACACACAUAUACAUACACACACAUCCCAGCAAACACCAGUUAUAUAACAUUAGUUAUAAUUUCCUACUCAACGACAUAACUGUUACAUAACGAAUGUGUUAUAUAACAGUUACAUUGUUAAUUGGAAAAUUGUAAUUAACAGUUAUAUUCCAGCAAGCACCGAGUUAUGGUUAUACAAUAUAAGUGUUAGUUGUAAUUUUUUAUUCAAUAAUGUAACUGUUAUGUAACAACUGUGUCAUAACAGUUACAUUGUUAAGUAGGAAAUUACAACUAACAUUUACGUGACUUGGUACUUGCAGGAACUUGAUGUUUUGCUAGGACAUGUACACACAUAGCCUUUUUACUCCGCUCGAUGAUUGAUAACGUCCAAGCAUGUCACGUGUACUUUCGUUGUGAUAAUCUGACGCGUUGCGAAAAUCAUUUCUCCGCGUACGUCGAGAACCGAGCUGAUUUGCCAUUUGUUGUUCAAUCCCGUCGUCGAUUUUUUCGCGAUAGGGAGAAAGAAAGAGAGGGAGAGAAAGAGAAUGAGAGAAAAAGAGAGAGAGAGUGAGAGUGAGAGAGUGAGAGCGCGAUUUUCCCGGAAUGUUGAUGGUUUCGACGACUGUUUCGACAUCAAUCCGCUCUUGGCGUUUCCGCGUUUCGAAAUUCGGGCGAUCGCGCAGAACACCUCCCCAGGUAUCAAGCUAACUUUUGGAAGAAAGUACUGAUAAACAAUUUCAAUAAACUGUUUAUUAUCAGUUCAUUGAAACACUUUAACAGUUUUUUUAUUUAAGGGAACGUUAUUUGUCGUCACUUUAAUAUCAAAAUAACAUCUUUGACGACAUUUUGACAUUGAAAUGCCGUCAAAUAACGUCAGCUUGCUACUUGGAUCGAUCCUCUCUCGUUGCUACCUGCGUAAUCGCCUGAUGAGGGAUCGAGUGCCCGAAAUCAGAAGAAAGUUCGGAACGGGGACGACGCGUAGUUGUGGCACAUACGUGCUAGAUUUUACUAGCGGAAACGAAUAACGGUAAAGGCUCCAUCUCUUGUAAUAUUUUUAUUAUCGCAAGCGUAAUAUUAUAUAUAUAAAUAUAUAUAUAUAUAUAUAUAAUUAAAUUAUAUUAAAUAAAGGGAUUAUGCCACUGUUUAUUAUUUAUUGACUAACGUUCGACUAAUAUUGUAAAUAAUAACGAAAAUAUUUUAUCUAUAUUUCCGAUCUCCGGGGGGGCGUCGGGCGGGGGUGGCGUAUUAUCUCUUGUCCGCCUUCGCGGCGAUCAUUAACGGUCGCCGUUUCGCCCGCCCCUCUAUUGUUACACCAUUUCAUCACAUUGCAUUUAAUAAAUUAUAUAUUUAUUGACUCA